CCCACACUUUCACACACAAAAACGCCUCCGGAAGGCUACGGAUUUCACUGAACAAUCUGAAACAGCAGGUUUUUGGAGAACGAGCUCCAGAGGCGGAGAGUCGCGAGCGCACCGGGACACACUGCAUUAACAGCUGCAUUAACAUGGCGCGCUACCGGACGGUUACCUUGGUCCUCCUGUGUUUAAUGGAAUGCGGGUUAAUUUCCGCCUUCAACCUGGACACCGAGAACGUGAUCAGGAAAACCGGGGAGCCGGACAGCUUUUUCGGGUUCUCGCUCGCCCUGCACCGACAACUUCGUCCGGAUGACAGAAGAAUGCUGCUGGUUGGUGCUCCCAAGGCAAGGAAGCUGCCCAAUCAGAAGUCAGAGAUAACAGGAGGCUUAUACAAAUGCGAUAUCAACUCCGCCAGCUCUGCCUGCCAGCGAGUUAAUUUCGACAAUGAUGAGAACCCGAAUGAGGAGAGCAAAGAUAAUCAGUGGAUGGGUGUCACAGUGCAGAGUCAAGGACCCGGUGGCAAGAUUGUGACAUGUGCACAUCGCUACCAGAAGAGAGCCUAUACCAACACAGCACAGGAGUCCCGGGACAUCACGGGCCGCUGCUACGUGCUCAGCGAGGACCUGAAAAUCAACGAGGACACUGGUGACGAGGGAGGAGACUGGAGCUUCUGCGAGGGCCGAAUCAAGGGUCACGAGCGGUUCGGCUCCUGCCAGCAAGGCCUCUCGGCCACCUUCACUAAGGACUACCAUUACCUAGUGUUUGGUGCACCUGGAGGCUUCAACUGGAAAGGCAUUGUACGCUUGGAGCAGAAGAACAACACACUGAUGGACAUGGGUUAUUAUGACGAUGGACCAUUUGAGGUCAAAUACAGCACGCCUGAAGGACUUGACAGAGUGGCCAUUCCUGCUAACAGCUAUUUAGGAUUCUCUCUUGACUCUGGUAAGAUGCUGACUAAGAAAGGUCAGCUGACCGUGGUCGCUGGAGCCCCGAGAGCCAAUCACAGUGGAGCUGUGGUUCUACUGAAGAAGGAAUUUGAAACAACUUCACAGAUGGUCUCUGAGUAUAUCAUUGAGGGAGAAGGCCUAGCCUCAUCUUUUGGCUACGAAGUCGCAGUGGUCGAUUUAAACGGAGAUGGAUGGCAGGAUCUUGUUGUCGGAGCUCCUCAGUACUUUGAGAAGGAUGGUGACAUCGGUGGCGCUGUCUACAUCUACAUCAAUCAGAAUGGUGAUUGGGACAAAGCCAGCAAAACUAGAAUAAACGGACCCAAAAACUCUAUGUUUGGGCUGGCUAUUGCAAACCUUGGCGACAUUAACCUGGAUGGAUUUAAUGACGUGGCUGUUGGGGCUCCGUAUGAUGAUGAAGGAGCAGGAAGUGUCUACAUCUAUCAUGGGUCAAGCGACGGCCUCAAAAAAGAACCUGCUCAGGUGCUGAAGGGAAGAGACCAAGGCAUUAUGACGUUUGGUUACUCCUUAGCUGGUAACAUGGAUUUAGACAACAACCAAUAUCCAGACUUGGCCAUUGGCUCUCUCAGUAACACUGUGGUCGUGUACAGAGCACGGCCAGUGGUCAACAUAGAAAAGAUUAUCAACAUCACUCCCAAGAAGAUAGAUCUCACGAAGAAGAACUGCGAAUACGGCAUUUGUCUUCAGGUGAACGCUUGUUUCAAAUACACCUCCACCUCCAAAACUUACGCCCCUGCCCUCAAAAUCAAAUACACUAUCCAGGUGGAGAUGAAGAGGAAGGACCAGGGACUUCCACCUCGUGCCAAGUUCGUCUCACCCAACCCCACCGACACUGAUUAUGAGAACACAGGCGACAUAGAGCUUAGAAAGCCGAAUGAGGAAGAGUGUAUCACAAAACAACUCAAACUUCAGGAUAACUUAAAGGAUAAGCUGAGAGGCUUGCCCAUCAUGGUGAACAUAGAGCUGAAGCAGUCAGGACGCAGGAAGAGACAAACCGGCCUCGCUGAGCUGAGUCCCAUCCUUGCUGCCAACAAACCGAGCAAUACCGAGGUGAAUUUUGUGAAAGAGGGCUGCAGCAAUGACCUGACGUGCCUGAGUAAAUUGAAGCUGGAGUACAAGUUCUGCUCUCGAGAGCAAAACAAAGACAGUUUCAAGCCACUGCCAGAUCUUAAUGGAGUGCCAGUCAUUUCACUCGUUGACCAGAAGGAGAUUGCGCUGGAGGUCAAGGUGACCAAUAAGAACGGAGAUGACGCGUACGAGUCAGAGCUGACCGCAUUAUUCCCCCACUCCCUCUCUUACUCUGCGGUUCGCACCAAGAAAGCAGAGAAGGACAUCGUCUGCGGGGCCAAUCAGAACGGGUCAAAAGCCGAUUGUCCAAUGGGAAAUCCUUUCAAAAGAAACUCGGAAGCCAUAUUUUACAUCAUUCUGAGCACUACUGGGAUCUCGUUGAACACGAAUGAGGUCGAAGUUACACUUGAGCUUAAAACGACGAGUGAACAGGCACCACAGAUAGUGACGAAGAAAGCAAAUGUUGUAAUUGAGCUGAUGUUGUCGCUUUCUGGGGUAGCUAAACCGUCUCAGCUGGAGUUCUCCGGAAACGUCAUCGGAGAGAGCGCUGUGAAGUCGGAAACUGACAUCGGCAGCCAGAUUGACUAUGAAUUCAGGGUGAUAAACUUGGGAAAGCCUCUGAAGUCGUUCGGCACGGCAUAUCUGAACAUCGAGUGGCCCAAGAACACAGCUGCAGGGAAAUGGCUGCUGUACCUGAUGAAGAUCAAUACUGUGGGUACGGCUAUAACCAGCUGCAAACCAGAUGAGGUCAACACGCGCAACUUAUUUAAUGAUACAUCACUGUCCAGAACCAAGCGUGAAGUUAAAGGUGAAAGCACAGGAAACAAAGGAGUUUUAUCACCCCUUCUUUCUGACAAGAGGAAGUCUAAAGUCUUGACCUGUGACAGUGGUGCAUCGUGUGUGAAAAUCAAGUGUCCUCUUGAGGGAUUGGACAGCAGCGCCGUCAUUGCACUGAGAGCGCGUCUGUGGAAUGGCACCUUCAUAGAGGACUUCGCUGACCUGAAUUAUGUCGACAUAAUUGUGAACGCAUCACUCAGUCUGGACAAUGCCCCCCAAAAUGUGUUGCUGAAAAAUAGAAAUACACAGGUACGAGUGACUGUAUUCCCAGAACGUAAAGCAGCACAAUAUGGAGGUUUACCCUGGUGGAUCAUCCUGGUGGCUAUAUUACUGGGCCUGCUCCUGCUGGGCUUACUGGUCUUCCUGCUCUGGAAGUGUGGAUUUUUCAAACGUUCCAAAUACAACGACAGCGUGCCAAGUUACAAUGCCGUGAGGAUUAAGAAGGAAGAGCGUGCACGUCCACCCAGGAAAGAGCAGCCGGCCUCGGUGGAAAAGAAACAGUGGAUGACUUCUUGGAACGAGAGCUACUCCUAGCCUUAUGCUACGUCAACUACUAAUGCACAUUAAUAUCCUGCUUUAAAAAAAAACGAACAAAAAACACACAAAAAAAACCCAACAACCCAAAGACACUUUCUCUAAGACGUUGAGCGCUUCAUCUUUGCACACCCCGAACUUCUGAUUGUAAAUAUGACAAUGACAAAAUGAAAGGAAAUGUAAAAACCUGUAUUAUGUUUAGUGACUACUUCAGAAACGAUAAAUGAAACUGAUAACCGAGAUAAGGAAAAGAAAAAAAAAAAGAGAGAGAUGGAUAUUUUUGGGCUUCUCAAUGAAUCAACAAUCCUUACUGUUACAUAUAGGCAUGUGCCAAGAGUCCGUUAUACGAUAUCACAAUAUUCAACACACAUUACAAACAGGAUCAUAUUUAAAUUCUCAAUGCUAAGUUAAAUAUAGCCUAUGAGAUGCUACGUUGUUGACUUUCCGUCGACUAAUGUGCACAGAAUCCGCAGAUGUUAGCAAUCAAUGCUACACGUAAUGUACUUUUAGUAGUGCUGAGGCUUUUUUGUUUGUUUGUUUUGGUAAUUUACCAACACGUCUGAGGUAAAUAUUGAUAUUCCUGAUAAUUUUAUCUAAUUUUCAGUGUUCUUCUGCCUUUACAUUGUGUGUGUGUGUGUGUAUACAAGACUUGCAGGGCUAUAUGCUAGCUAGAUAAAGUUUAGCCUUAUUUCCAGGAAGUGCAAGCAGUUUGUUGCCUAGCAACAGUGUCCCAAAGUGUUCUCUCAGCUCUUGAAUAAGCAGAUCAUUUUCAACUAUCGAUAUCAAAACCACAAAUUCACAGCAUAUAACCAGUACUUUUCCGAUAAAUUGGUAAUCGAAUAUUCUGAUACUGUGGUAAAGUUUUGCGGUUAUUGUGCAACAAAUUUAGAAAUGUAGUAUUGGCACAUGCCUGGUUGUGUGUAUACUAAUUGUGUUCGGAGAACUGGUAUUUAUUAUCUGGUUCUCACAAGCAAGCCAAAGACUUUUGUUUGUUUUUUUGUUGUUUAAUGGGUACUUUUGUGGUGAGAUUUCCAACCUAAUUUGCUAAAAAAAGUUCUCCAUUGUUACCAGCUUUUUUUUUUUUUUUAAACAAACCUUUUCAGUUUUACUCAGAACUAUUUGGAGGAAUGUAAAUAUUUUUGUUGUUUUUUCUUUCCCUUAACCAUUCUUUAUUUCUUAAUGCUUGUUUUGUAAGAUAGGUGUUUUUUUUAUUAUUAUUAUUAUGAAUUGUUCAGAUUGGUACUGAUUUCAGUUUCAUUGACGUAUGUAUAGUCGUUUAUUUCAUUCAUACAGGUCAUCAUUUCAGGGUUUAGCACAAAUGUACAAGGGCUGAAAUUUGUUCAUGUAGUCUGGCACCUUUUUAUAGAAAAAAAAAAAUUACGCAUUUACAUUGGCAGACUUGAUGUUGACAAUGGAAACGCAGCGUCAGCCAUAUUUUUUGGAUGAUAAAAUACGUAUGAAGAGGUUAUUAUUCAAAAAUGGUUGGUAUUGAGGAAAAAAAAAAAACAACCCAUCUCAAACUUCUGAAUUUGGCGCAGACAUGACAUUGUAAAAUAAAACAAAAAUAAAGAAUUAACGUAUAAAUCCUUUCAUGAUCUGUUUUGCACUUGUGUACUGUGCUUCUGAGCUCGUUUCCUCACGUUCGUUUUCAUAUUUAUUUAAAAUGAGAAGGGAAGGCGCACAUACAGUACUACUUGAGGUCAUUUGCAAGAAUAUACCAUGUAUUUUAUUAUAUGAGCCUCAGAAGUAUAGACAUCUUGCUUUCUUACAGAGCAUUUUCUUUAUUUUUUUUCUUUCAAUUUUUCCAGAAUUUAUACCCUCAGUUUAGUCAACUACAUUGUCAGGGUUCCCUUUAAAAGAUGAAUUCAUUUAAAAAGAGGGGGAGCACAGUAGAAGAAGAAGAAACCUUUAUUUGUCACAUGCACAUUUCAAGCACAGUGAAAUUCAUCCUCUGCAUUUAACCCAUCUGAAGCAGUGAACACGCGCGCACACACACCCAGAGCAGUGGGCAGCCAUACUACAGCGCCCAGGGAGCAGUCAGGGGUUCGGUACCGGUACCUUGCUCAAGGGCACCUCAGCCCAAGGCCGCCCCACGUUAACCUAACUGCAUGUCUUUGGACUGUGGGGGAAACCGGAGCACCCGGAGGAAACCCACGCAGACACGGGGAGAACAUGCAAACUCCGCACAGAAAGGCCCCAUCAGUCAUUUCCCGAUCCCUCCCCAUCUCUCUCGCCCGCUCAUUUCCUGUCUCUACACUGUCCUAUCCAAUAAAGGUGAAAAAAGCCCAAAAAAAAUCUUAAAAAAAAAAAAAAGGGCCCUCACCGACCCCUGGGUUUGAACCCAGAACCUUGCUGUGAGGUGACCGUGCUAACCACUACACCACCAUGCCACCCCUUUUUUUUUCCUUUCUUUUAGAAAAAAAGUAGUGUAAAAAUUAUUCCCCCCCGAUCAAGUGUUAGAAACAAUGGAAUAAAACAGAUUGGCAGUUCAUGUAAAAUAUUUUUUUAUUUAUUGUUACACAUGUAAAACCAUCUGUGGCAUAAGAGACAGUGAAAAUCUCUCUUCCUGACAAGUCCACUGACGCCCUUGCCUCAUUAUAUACAGCUGAUGAUAAAAAUAAGCAGAUUUAAAAAAAAAAAGUAAAAAGACAAAAAAAGUGUACAGUCGGGGAGGUGAUGUGCACAGUUAAAAGUGCACACUCAAUUUCCACUCAGUAGAUUUGCUCAGCAAAGCACUCGUACUUGUGCUCCGUAACGCAGACAGACAUUCGCUUGCUACAGAUUAGAGGUUAAUCUAAAGUGCAGGGUGUGCUCUAGCAUUCACAAAAGCACUUCAGAGAAAAAUCGGACACUGGAUUUGAUAAAAUUCUCCAUUUAUGGUAGUUAUGGAUAUUAAGACGGAUCCAGUAUCAACAGUUUGACUCUGUGAAUGCCAACCCUGAUAAGAAGUGCUCCAUGGGUCACUUCAGUUACACUGCUGCCCUCCAGUGUGAAGAAACAGGAACUGCCACUUUGAAUUUAGUGCAUCAAUGAUUCAACAAGGGUGGAGCUUAGAUUACAUUUGAUCAACCAACCACAAAUUUCAUAGGACAUGACAUCAUAAUUGUUUAGCUUAUGAUAUAUGAGAAGCAUGUGGAAUACCCCAGGGCUCAAUUUUAAGCCCAAUAUUAUUCAACACAGAUGUGCAAAUAUAUCCAUUUGAGUAUGUAGACAGUGAAACUAAACAAAUGUACCUAUUGGUUAUAAUUAUGCAAUAAAAUACUUUCCCUCA